UUUCAGGUUCAGAGAGAAGUAGUAGAAAAGCAUGUGAGAUGACAAAACAAACAUUAUCGAGUGAAAACAGCAAUAAAGGAACAUUGAUCUCAUCAUGGAGUACACACUAAUAAUUUAUACAGUUUUAGGAUUGCUUAUAACAGUGAAUUUAGGACAGGGAAGUACGUGUGAUACAGAUUUAAAAGAUGUUGGUUCGAAGGCAAUUUUUUCACAAAUUGUUGUGGAAUCAAAAAUUCUCAAAAAGGUGCUUUCCGAUGCUAGUGAAGGAUCUCUUGCUAAAUAUACAGCUGUAGUGUCAUUAAAAAAGUUUUAUAAGGGUAGCAUUAAAAACACUAAAGGAAAAAAGCCAAAGUCUAUCAAAUUAAAUGAAUUCAUAUCUAAAGAUUCAGAGGACUGUCUCGCAGAAAUCGAUUCUACAAAGACAUAUAUUCUGUUUCUAAACUCCACUGACAAGCAGCAGCAUUUUAUAACUUCAUCAAAACCAGUAACGUCAGACAAGAAAACGUUAAAACUUAUCCGAGGCAUUUUGAAGAAAAAACCCAGCCCGCCAAAAGUGACGCAACUUAAACCGGCAACAUUUGAAGCUGGUAAGCGUUUACAAUUAAAGUGCAAGAUAAGAGGAAACCCUCCCCCUACAGUAAUCUGGACUAAAGAUGGCGUUACUAUCAAGAAAAAGAAAGGAGUGUCCAUCAAAACAAACAAGAAGGGAUCUAGGCUUCGUAUCAGGAAGGCAAAGGAGAGUGAUGCUGGAGACUACGGGUGCACGGCAACCAAUGUCCUUGGCCAGUUCACUCAAUCAGCAGAAAUUAUGGUGACUCCGAAACCAGGAACCGCUACAAAAGCCCCUACCAAACCUUGGAACUCAGGAAAACUCACAACUGCCGCAACUGUCUCACCGACUACAUCCUCGCGACAUUAUGAGGAAUGCGAAGGAGAAAUGCGAAAUUACUGUCUUAAUAAUGGAACAUGCGGAUACCUGCCUAAACUUAAAAGAGAAUUUUGCAUGUGUCCGCUCAAUUAUACAGGAAAGCGGUGCGAUGUGUUUUCACCUCCAAUCCCAUCCAUUGGGCCUAUUAUGCCGCCAGGGAAGGAGGCCGCCGAAAAAGAUCGUGUGAUCACAAUCAGUGCAAUUAUCGUGGGGGCAGUAGUGAUUAUUGGACUUUGCGUCCUAGCAUACUUUCUCGCUCGGCGGCGUAAGAAGCAAUAUUAUCAACGGAAGCAGGUUGAGGCGGCAACCAAGAAACGGGAAAAUGAGAACAACUUCACAAACGCCUCUUACAGACCCAUAGUUCCUCAAGUAAAUGACGUAAUUGUGAGAUCACAGCCGAAACCCGUCACACUAUCAAUUAUGACGCAAACUGAGCCGGAGAUGUUUGGGAAUCAUUCAAACCAUCUAGCGGAGUCAGACUCCCAAUUCUAUCAGACUCCGCCACCUCUAGGCCAGCAACGACGUCAGUUCACCCCACCAGGGGAUGUCCCUAAGGAAAAUGAGCGUCCCCGGGGUGCAGCAAGUGUUAUGAAACGUCCCCGCCUACCUGCAAUAUCUAGCCCGACAUCUAACAACAACAAAUAUAUAGUCCCCGUUGCUGUGGAGUCGGACCAGGAGGGCUCAAAACGUAACUCUCCCUCCCAAUUAUCUAGAACUGAAUCCAGCCAGGGUGAUCCCCACCCCCAUAAAGUGGCACCUGCCCCCCAAUCUGUAAAUAUAAACAUAGAUGAUGACGAACCUGUGCAUAGUGACUAUGAAAAUAAUAUGCCCAGUGAUACUGACCCAGAGCCUGAGUUAACUAGGCUUGAAUCUUCAAACGAGGAGGGGAUAAAGAAAGGAGGAGCGGAGAGCUCCACUGAAGAUUCAAGUGAUACAGACAGCAGUGAUAGUGAAACGGGUGUGGAAUCCCAGCUCCUCCCUCACAACCACCAGGGGAUUUCUCUACAGAACCCCCACACGGAAGACCCUCACUCUAACCCUCACUCUCACGCCACCUCCAAUAACCUGUCUUGGGAGCAUGUCCCAAGUAGUUUUUUCACGGACCAUGAGCAAUACACUGCCAACCCAUAUGCAAGAGAAACUGAUAUUAUAGAUAAUAGAUACACUGAGUUACCCACUCAGCCAAACCAUAGACAGACCAAUAAUGUGCGAGAUUAUCAUUACUAGUGGUGACCUAAGCACACUAAUAGUGACUUGAGUUGCACUAAUAGUGAAUUUAGUAACACUAAUGGUGACGUAAGAUUGCUAAUAGGGACCUUAAUGAAAAGAUGGCACCACUGGUGACUAGGCAACACUUAUUGUGACAAAAUAUGUAUAGUUGGCGCUAAUGGGGUUUACAUGUCACUUACAGUUGCUAGGUGAUUUCCCAACAAAAUGGUGGUUAUAACUUGUAUUCAAAUCGAAAAUGCCUUUUCUGGCUUUUUGUACAGUUUGCAUUUUUAUACAGCUUACUAAAUAAUUGUGAGACACAUAUAAUUAUGGAACAAGUAUAAUAGCAAGACACAUAUAAUAGUAGAUAUUGUUGUUUUUCCUUUAAUAUUUUAGCCACCAUGUUGUUCUUGAGGGUCUCAUGCGUUGACCCCAUAACUAUUAUUUAAAUGUAUAGGAUAUGUUCAAUUAUACUAAGAUUAUAUCUUUGAGUUAUAUAUAUUUAUUAUUUAUACUUUAUAAUCAACAUAGAUACUGAAUAAAGGAGGAAUGAUAUUAUUGAACAAUGAAAUACAUUAUUUCGGCUUUUGAAAAGCUAUGUAUCGGUUUGAGCUUCAGAAUUUUAUUUUGUCUCUGAAAUUCUCCAAAGCCAACGAUAUAAUAAAUCUGAGUACCUUACUGUAUGUAUAAUUUAUUAAGUUCACUUAUUUGUAAGACUUCCGUCACAAUUUGUUUUUCAGUUUUAUUUAUUGAUCAUCGCCCUGUAUAUGAUAUUAGGUGGUAAUAGGUGUAGAAACUUACAAAUGAAAAUGAUUUUUGCCUGAAAUUGUCAAACUUUUCUUGAAAGAUUUUGUGAAAUCUCAGUGUUUAUAAUGUGAAAUCUAAGUGUUUAUAAGUAAUUAUCAUCUCAGGAGAUGGUCACAAUGAAUAUGAUGUCACAAUAUGAUGUCACAAUGAAUAUAAUGUCACAAUGAAUAUGCUGUCACAAUGUGAUAUCAGUAUGUUAAGUAUCAAAUUAAAGAAUUAUGUUGCAUGUUUAACAAGAUUGUAGAUAUUUUAGUGCUUUAUAUUUAAUGCCAUAUAGAAUACAUGUAUAUUAGAUAUAAUAUAAAAUUAAGUAAAUUAGAUAUAAUAAAUAAAUAAUCCAUUUUAUUGUAGAUUUUUACUUGUGUAAUAAUAACUCAUGCGCUUUAUUUGAAUAUAAUGAGCCAAAUAAUUGAUCUUCUCUGAAUGAAUGUUAAUAACCCGGAAUUUAGUAUCGCAUACUUUAAGGUGGUAAUGUCAUGCUAUAUUCCAAAGCUAUCAUGUGCUUAGACCAACCUUCUUCCAUCAUAGUGAACAAGGCCAUGAUAUAAAUAUGAUAUCCUUAGACUUAUCAAAUAUUUCCUGACCCCUUCGGUGAAAUAAAGAAUUUAAGGUUUAUCGGCUAUGAUGUCAUACUUUGAAGAUAGCAACGUUUGUCAACAAAAUUGUGGGAUUUAUUUUUGAAUUAGCACUAAAUUAAUCAUAUUUUUGAAAUGAAAUUAUAAAAUGACAUUGUCGCAAAAGCGUCGCAAAAUAUUCCAUGAUUUACUGAAUUGGUUCCUGAAAAUUUGUUUUUCAAUUAAUUCUUGACUGUUAA